AUAUUUAUCAUAUAGAUUAUAAUCAUGGGAGAAGAAGAAUCAAGCCCAUUAGUUUCUCCACAAAAUUAUGAGCACAAAAAUGAAGAACCAAAUGAGAAAAUUGAAGAAAAUAAUACACUUGCAAUUGUUCCAACUUUAGAUGAUAAAGAGAAAAUAUCUUCCCAUGUUCAAGAAAAGGGAAUAGAUUCUGGAAUUCAGAAAAGUACAGGUGGUUCCAAGGACACAGAUACUGCACUUGCAAAGGUUGAAUCAGAGAAAAGAUUGGCUUUGAUCAAGGCAUGGGAAGACAAUGAAAAAACAAAAACUGAAAACAAGGCACUUAAAAAGUUAUCAACAGUUGGAUCUUGGGAGAACACAAAAAAGGCAACUAUAGAAGCUGAAUUGAGACAAAUUCAGGAAGAAUUAGAGAAGAAAAAGGCAGAAUACGCAGAGAAGAUGAAGAACAAGAUGGCUGAAAUUCAUAGAGAAGCAGAAGAAAAGAGGGCAAUGAUUAAGGCGAAAGAAGGCGAAGAUAUUCUCAAGGUUGAGGAAAUUGCUGCUAAAUUUCGUGCUACUGGCAAUAUGCCUAAAAAUUUCUUGAGAUGCUUUGGCUACUAAAUUUUGCUUCUUUUGACAAAAACAUUAAUCAUGUGCUUUGGUUGUGUGUAAUUGUUUAAUGAUCCUUAUGUGUAUAGACUAUAGAGUAAGUUGUUGUUUAUAUUAUUGAUAGAACAAUCAUGUG